ACACGGUCCCUGGUGCUUCCCAGGUGGAGAGCAGACAGCGGCGUGCAGAAGCCUGGGAGGCUGGGGGCUUUGGCAUGAAUGACAUUAAGCUGGCCCUGCUGGGCAGGGAGGGAGCGGGCAAGUCCGCUCUUUUGGUGAGGUUCCUGACAAAGCGCUUCAUCGGAGAGUAUGCGUCCAGCAGCAAUUUCUUAUACCAUAAAAGGUUCUCAGUAGAUGGCAGGCAAUUAAACCUGGAAGUCUUUGAUCCGUGUUCUCAGAGGGUGGGCAGCAGGUGCAUCUUGGAGGAGCCUCUGGAAUGGGCAGACGCUUUCAUUGUGGUGUAUGACAUCAUUGACCGCACGUCCUUCCUCGACGCCAAAAGCAUCCUGCAGCGGAUCAGGGAGGCCCGUACUUCCGACUGCAAGGGGGAGAUUCCUGUCUGCCUGGUGGCGAACAAGCAGGACCUGUGUCACGCCCGGCAGGUGUACCAGGAGGAGGGCCGUCUGCUGGCCCUGGAGAACAAGUGCCACUUCUGGGAGGUGUCAGCAGCAGAGGACCACCAAGAGAUCCUCAGCCUCUUCACUGAGCUCAUUCGGCACGCCAUGGAGCGUCUGAAGUGCCGGGCCGACCGGCGCCGCUACAGCGGCUCCAGGUCCAUGGCCCAGCUCAUCAACGACGUCUUUUGCAAAAGACGGAAGUCUGUGUGAGACAGGAGAGUCUUCAC